GCGGUUCGUGUGGAUCUCACAAGAUAUCGUCGCAAAAUGUAAAUCCCCAACCAUAGUGGGCUUGGAGUCGUGAGGGAAUUUGAGUGGCCACCCGUUCUGAAAGUUUGAUUUUCUUCUGGUGAACUGGACAUCCUUUUAUUUACGUUUGAAGUUUUGGGUUUUCAAAUGUAAUAAGGCCGCUUAAUUAUUUUUGAUGGUUUUAAUAUGUAUUACUAAGAUAGGUAUUACUUAUUUUAACUGUCGAAAUUGGAUAGCUUUAGGGCGCGUUUUCAAAAACAACAAUUGAUUUCAAAAUAACACGACAACAAGCAAAGCUUCCGCAAUGAAAGUAUUUUCCAAAAUUAAUCACUUUUCCUAAAAAUGACUUAAUCAAAUCGGUUUCCUAGAAAUAUCCAUGACGUUAAGGUGUGGCAAUGGUGGUAUGCAUGUCUAGGAUUGGAUCUGAAGGGAGCUUGGUACUUAAGCAGUCCGAUGGACUCACCACCUCUUUUCCGGUUUCCUACCUGGUGCACAGCUUCCAUUCACUUUAACCCUUAAUGAAUUAAUCUUUUAAACAUCAAAGUACGAUUUUCUGGACUUAGAAUGGAAUUUUUUUUUAACGUUUUUGAUGUGGCAUGCCGGAUCCGGCUAUAACUUCUGGGCCGGGUUUGGGGUGCUACAUGUUAUGUUUAAAAUUUUAAUAUUUUAGUCACUAUUUUCGUUAAAAAACAUUAAUUUAAAUUGAUAGUUAAAUUCCACUCUUCCAAAAGAUAGAAAAUUAAAUUGAAAAAAAUGAAAAUUAAAUUGACUAUAAAGGAUAAAUUUGAAUUACACCAAAAGUAUUUUCCAUAUUUUAUUAUGUGCGGGUAAGCAGAAUAAUUUUUAGAGUGGGCCAAAGGAAAUUUUAUUUUUUGUAAUCUAUAUCUUUAUAAUUUUAAAGAAUUAAAUUGAAUUUUUAUAAUUUUAUAGGGCCAAAGUAUAUUUUUACUAAUUUAAAAUUAUAAAAAUUUAAAAUCCUAAAUAACAAUUUUACAUUUCCCUAAAUUCUCCUCUGUAUUUAAGUUAUAAAAAGCAUUUGCCAUAAUCGUAGCCAUUUUGCCACCUUUUAUCCAACAUCACUCAAUCAGCCAAAACCAGUUUUCAAAAUCACCUUGUUAAUUACUUCGAGCCGGUCAGCCUGAAAAUGUCGUCCACGGAGGAAGGAGCCGGCGCCGUCGGAGCAGUUUCCACUGAUCAAACAAUCAUCGACAACAACGAUUCCACAAGCAUUGAUAUGGACGAACCUCUCAGCGGUGACGAAGUAGCGAAUCUCCAGUCAUUAGACAAAAGUUUCUACGGCGGCCAACCCAACUUCAAUGCCAAACCAUUGAUACGAAAAGUCCCAUCAACCCUUUGCCGUAACGAAGAUUUCAAGAAGUAUUUCAUGCCGAAAGUGAUCUCAAUCGGCCCACUCCACCACUGUGAUCGCACCCUCCCUGCAUCCAAGAAGCUCAAGCUCAAAUUAGCAACACAUUUCGUCGAAAAAAUUGGCGUCGAUAAGGAGUCCUUGUACAGAAACAUUAAGAAAGAGAUGGAUGGCUUGAAGGGAUGCUAUGAUCCACAGGAAUUAAAGGAGUAUAGCGGCGAUAACAAGGAACUGGCUUGGAUGUUCUUCGUUGACGGCUGCGCAAUUUUACAAGCAGUUUACAUGCGUUACGGUAAUGAUGAUGAUGAUGGUAAAUUGUUUAUUAAAAACGAUUUGCUGACAUUUGUGUACUCGGAUCUGUUCUUGUUGGAAAACCAAUUACCUUUUCGUGUUCUUGAAUUGCUUACAAGCUCGGGUAAUGGCAAAAUGUUCAUGAAUGCAAUCCCAAGGUUCAUCGACGGUACUGUUAUCAACCCAGGCGAAGACAGAAUUUAUUGUCGUUAAUGGUGGUGGGAGCAGCAAGAAGGAGAGCGAAUUCACUUAUUGAAUCUACUACGAGUAAGACUCCGUUUCAAAAAAGAAAAACCAUGGUGGUGGCCUUCGUGGUUAUUCACUGAAGACGGAUUUACCAACGAAGCAAAAACAAAACGGCACCAUUCACACACCAUUAGUAACGUAAAAGAGCUUAAAGAGACCGUAAUAACCAGCAAAACAGGUUGUUUACCCGGUAUCAGUUUCAACCAUACCUUCUUCGGAAACAAGUUGUGUAGCAACGAAGCAAGAACAAAACGGCACCACACCAUUGGUAACGUAAAAGAGCUUAAAAAGGCCGGGAUACGGCUAAAAGCCAGCGAAACAAGUUGUUUAACCGACAUCAGUUUCAACAGUAUCUUCGUCUUCGGAAAAUUACGGUUACCGCCGAUCAACGUUAAUGAUUCAACCAUGAACUUAAUAGCUUACGAAAUGUGUCCGGAUUUCGACAACGAUUUCACCGUCACUUCUUAUAUGUGUUUCCUUGAUUUAUUGAUCGAUGAAGCCGAAGAUGUUAAAGACCUGAGAGACGCCGGUAUACUAUACAAUAGAUUGGGGAGUGAUGAAGAAGUGGCUAAGCUUUUCAAUAAGAUGAACACUGAUUUGGUUCCUAGUCCGAAGAAUUACAGUGGGGUUAAACGGAAAAUACAUAAUCAUUGUAAGAAUAUGUGGAUUAAUCAUGCAGUUCAAGGUUAUCAUACUUAUUUUACGAGUCCUUGGACGUUUUUGGCAUUUGUGGGUGCCAUUGCUGCACUUUCUCUUAGUACUUUGCAGACUUAUUUUGCCAUGCAUCAACUAAAGUAGGGUUCCUUUACUAGUCUUUUUGUAAACUAUUGUUAUUUAUGAUAAUGUUGUAACUCCUGGAUUUUCGAUUAAUUUUUGGUGUUUAUUGAGAAUAUUUUUUUUGAAAAUAAUAUUGAAGAGACUUAAUCAAAAUUUUUGAGAAAA